AUGACAUCAUUACUGGAGCUGAGUCAGAUGGCAGACAGCAACAUAAAGAGUCAAAGAGGAGAGAAGAGCAGCGAUGUAAAUGUUGAGAUCAACCCUACCUCUCCGUCAUCCUCCCCCUCUGCGUGGAAGGGUUUUGGGAGGAAGGUGAGACUGCUGCUGCCUUACGUCUGGCCCAAAGGCUCCGUGGCUCUGCAGGGACUGGUCCUGCUGUGUUUGGGCCUGCUGGCUGCUGAGCGGCUGGUUAAUGUGUUAGUGCCUGUUUACUCCAAGAACAUCGUGAAUGAGCUUUCUGCAGGAGGCAGCUGGACCUCGUUGAUUUCCACCGUCUGCAUCUACACGCUACUCAAGUUCCUGCAGGGAGGAGGAGCAGGAACGUCUGGUUUCAUCAGCAACCUUCGUCAGUUCAUUUGGAUCAAAGUUCAACAGUUUACCAGCCGGAGUGUUCAGGUAUGUUUGUUUUCCCACCUUCACCAUUUGUCUCUGCGCUGGCACCUGGACAGGCGCACUGGAGACGUGCUGCGGAGCGUCGACAGAGGAACCUCCUCCAUCAACAACCUGCUCAGCUACAUCCUGUUCAGCAUCCUGCCCACCAUCUGUGACAUCAUCAUUGCCAUCAUCUACUUCGUCUCAUACUUCAGCAUCUGGUUUGGACUCAUCGUUUUCACCUGCAUGCUCCUCUACCUCACGUGCACCAUCCUGAUUACAGAGUGGAGAACCAAAUACAGGAGAGAGAUGAACGAUCAGGACAACAAGGCCAAGUCCAGAGCUGUCGACUCACUACUCAACUUUGAGACUGUGAAAUAUUACAGUGCAGAGGACUAUGAAGUCUGCUGCUUUGAAGAAGCCAUUCUGAAGUAUCAGCACUGUGAGUGGAAGAGCUCAGCCUCUCUAGCUCUGCUGAAUCAAACGCAGAACGUCAUUAUAGGAUCAGGUCUGCUGGCUGGAUCUCUGCUCUGUGCUCACCUGGUCUCAGAGGGUAAAUUCCAGGUUGGUGAUUAUGUUCUGUUUGGCACCUACAUUAUCCAGCUAUACACUCCACUGAACUGGUUUGGUACUUACUACAGGCUGAUUCAGAGUGCAUUUGUAGACAUGGAGAACAUGUUGGCACUGCUGAAUGAACAGAAGGAGGUCCAGGAUGCUGAGGAUGCUCAGGACUUGCAGCUCACAGCAGGUCAGGUGGAGUUUGACAGAGUCUGUUUCAGCUACGUGCCCGGCAUGGAGGUUCUGAGGGAUGUCAGCUUCACAGUGGAGGCAGGAAAGACAGUCGCUUUGGUGGGUCCAUCUGGUUCAGGGAAAAGCUCCAUCCUGCGUCUGUUGUUCAGAUUUUAUGAUCCUCAAAGCGGCAGCAUCUGUAUUGACGGGCAGGACAUCUCCAAGGUACACCAGUCUUCUCUGAGGUCAUACAUUGGCGUAGUGCCCCAGGACACAGUUCUCUUCAACGACACCAUCGGCAACAACAUCCGCUACAGCCGAGUCACAGCGAGCACCCAGGAGGUGGAGAGAGCCGCCAUGGCUGCUGACAUCCACAGCAGGAUACUGGAGCUUCCUCAGGGUUAUAACACGCAGGUGGGAGAGCGAGGGCUGAAGCUCAGUGGGGGGGAGAAGCAGAGAGUGGCGAUAGCUCGAACCAUCCUGAAAGAACCUCGGAUCAUUCUGCUGGAUGAGGCCACUUCUUCACUGGACACUCAGACGGAGAGGAACAUCCAGGCUUCACUGGCCAAGGUCUGCACCAACAGGACAACUAUAGUGGUCGCACACAGGUUGUCCACUGUUGUUGGAGCGGAUCAGAUACUGGUCGUUCACAAUGGACAGAUCGCAGAGAGAGGAAGGCACGAGGAACUGCUGAUCCGAGGAGGCCUGUACGCAGCCAUGUGGACGAAACAGCAGAAAAGUCUCAACACAGAAACAGAAACACAGACGAACACUCAGACUCAAGAUCAGCUGCAGCCUAGAAAUACAUCAAACUCUUUUCUUUAA